AUGAACGUUCCUAUAUCAGGAGAAGCGCUAAAGGCCGCGAUUGAGGCAGGAACUCCCGAUAUUCUCCCGAUGCUCCUUGAUGUUGACUCCGAUAUCAAUAAACGAACCGACAGAGAUUCUGAUGUUGGAUUUACGCUCCUCGGGCCUGCAGUGGGCCGAACCGAUAUUUCCCUGAUAUUGAUGCACUGCAAGACGUUCUUCUUCAGAACAAACUUCUCGGCAUUACAAGAGGGAGUAGAAGAUGGGAGUGUUCAAACCAUGGACAUGCUACUGGAUGGAGGAGCAGAUGCUAAUCAGGAUGCAGCUGAGCUCGGUGCAGCAAAACUACUCAGAGACCAUGGGGGUUGGACUGAAUGGGAUGCAAGGCAGUAUGAACACGAGAAGUCUGAUUUUGGUGAGGGCAUCUUGGCCAAGGACAGUAUACGUAUAAACACAUCCAUCCAUCACCCCAUUCCCUACUUUGGUGGCGUGGCUGCUGGAACCAGAGUAGCGCUUAUCCCCGUGCAGCACGGAUUGUCUGAGACAGAUAUUCCGGCUCGUCUGCUCGAGUCAAACUCAAAGGCGAAGCUACUUGUAAUGGACAGCGAGCCGCUGCAUAUCGCGGCGUCAAUUUGGAACCUGGCGGGCGUUCCUCGCCUCAUCACACUCGACAACUCCUCUGACCAGCAAUACGCAUCCGUGGAAAGCCUACUUCCCCGUGGCAAUCCUGAUGCUGAGCAUUUACGGUUUGAGACAGAAACCAGCUUAAAUGAUUACGACGCGCUCUCAAGCCGUACUAAUUGA